AUGUUUGUGAGAAUCGCAACAAGAGCCGAGGAUGUUCAGAGGGUCUUCACGGCUGGCCAGGCCAUGGCCGCGCUGAAGGAGGAUGGCACAGUGGUGGCAUGGGGACAUCCCAUCUUCGGCGGGAACUGCAGCGAGCAGCAGGCGAAGCUCGUGAAGGUCCAUGACAUCUUUGUUGCGGAUGGUGCCUUUGCCGCUCUCAAGGAGGAUGGCACAGUAGUUGCAUGGGGGCACCCAGAAUCUGGAGGGGACUGCAGCCACAUUCGGGAGGACCUUUGGGGCAUUCGCAGUAUCCAGGCCUCCAGCGCAGCAUUUGCUGCUCUGCGCGAAGAUGGCCGUGUGGUGACCUGGGGCCUACCACACAAGGGCGGAGACUGCAGCGCUGUCAAGGAGCACCUGGUGCAAAUCGAAGUGAUUGUGGCCUCCUAUGGUGCAUUUGCGGCACAGCGCAGCGAUGGCAGCGUGGUGACCUGGGGCGAUGCCAACUACGGAGGGGCUGCUCUGCUGACUUACUUGAAGGUCCACGGGUACUCGUAG